AUGCCUCUCCGAAUUCCACAAGGGAAUAUGAGGACUUCUCCACUCUGUCUUUCUGAGAUACUAGCAGCACAAGACAACAGGACCGACCAGGCUACCGGCACGAUGCCCGUCGAAGCCAUCUACAUGGUGAUGGAGGUGAUCAUCGCAGUGACUUCGGUGAUCGGAAACGUGAUGGUUAUCUGGGCGGUGCGGAUCAACCGUUCGAUGCGAGACACCACCUUCUGUUUCAUUGUGUCUCUGGCUCUGGCGGACAUUGCGGUGGGGGCUCUGGUCAUCCCGCUGGCCAUCACCAUCAACAUCGGUUUCGAGAUGCACUUCUACAGCUGCCUGCUGGUCACGUGCAUCGUGCUGGUGCUCACGCAGAGUUCCAUCCUCGCGUUGCUGGCCAUCGCUAUCGACCGUUACCUGAGGGUGAAAAUACCCAUGAGCUACAAACAUGUGGUGACACGGCGGCGUGCAGGCACGGCGGCGGUGGUGUGUUGGAUGGUUGCCAUAGUGGUUGGCCUGACGCCCAUGCUGGGCUGGAACAACCGGCAGUGUCUCCAUGACAACGUCUCCCAGGUGAUGUGUAAGUUUGAGAAAGUCAUCAGCAUGGACUACAUGGUCUACUUCAACUUCUUCGGCUGGGUGCUUCCGCCCCUCGUCCUCAUGCUGCUAAUCUAUGCUGAGAUAUUCUACAAGAUACACCACCAGCUCAACAAGAAGGUGACGGAGAGCCACAUAGACCGCAGCCAUUACUACAGUAAGGAGCUGAAACUAGCCAAGUCAUUGGCUCUGGUCCUCUUCCUGUUUGCCAUCAGCUGGCUUCCUCUAAACAUCCUCAACUGCAUCACGCUGUUUAGCCCAAACGGUGACAAGCCCACGCUUCUCAUCUACAUCGCCAUCCUGCUCACACACGGCAACUCCGCUGUGAACCCCAUUGUCUACGCAUUCCAGAUCAAGAAGUUCCAGAAUGCGUUCCGGAAGAUCUGGAAGCAAUAUGUGCUGUGUAGGGACCCGGUAGGCAAGCUGCCGCAGAGAGGGAGUCAGAGGUGCCAGAGCAGAUUGGAGAGGAUGUUGAGGGCGAAAGAUGAUAACAAUUAUGUCUGAUCUGGUGAUGAAGGUCAUAGGGGGGCACGGGUCUGUCGCAUCCCGCAAUGUGUAUGUUGUUUGGUGUGGUGUUCUUUUAUGCUUUUUAAAUUUGUACACUUUGUUUGUUAACCAUCUGUCAAUGAUGGCUUUUCAGUGGUGGGGUGUUGGACUGAUCGUGUUGAUCAUGAACAUACUCGCUACUAAAUUGACUGUUAUGGAAACGCUGCCGGCAGCGGAAUCCAAUACAGCAGAGAGUUUCUACUACAAUACAACUCAAACACGAACGUAAUGGAUAUCCCAAGGGCCAAUCUAAUCCCUGAUUGUCUGCGAGUGGAUUACAAACCCACAUGUAAAUGUGGAAAACGCAGGGGAAUCAGACAGAGAAGUAUGACAGGAUAGUAGACAGUAUAAAUAAAUAAAAAACAUCCCUUACCUAACACCUUGCUGAUCAACGCCCAGUCACUGAGGGGGAAAGCGGAUGAGCUGUCAGCGAAUCUGCGCCUCCAACAUGAAUACUGGGAGGCCUGUUUGCUGGCGUUUACUGAGACUUGGCUGGAUGGGUCCCAGACAGGGAAGUGGAGCCAGCUGGCUUCACACUGGCCAGAUCGUGAUCUGACCGUCACAGGGACUAGUGGUGUAACUGGAUCCUGGUAAGAGAGAGACUCUGUACCCCCGAUAUUGAACUGCUUUCUGUGUCACUGCGACCCUACUAUCUGCCCCGUGAGUUCCCCCAAUUGUUUGUUACCGUUGUGUACAUUCAACCGAAAGAUAAUAUAGCAAAGGCAUCAGAGAUUAUUUAUAAUCUGUCACAGAAACUGGGUUCCAUCUCCCCCGACGCACCCACAUUUAUUUUAAUGGAUUUUAACAACAGCACUUUGCACAAGGUCCUGCACACGUACCACCAGUAUGUGAAAUGUCACACUAGGAAAAACAAGACUCUUGACCUGUGCUAUGGAACCAUACCAAAUGCUUUCUCUGCCACCAACAGACCUCCCCUGGGGACAUCUGAUCUCAAUGUUGUCUACCUCCGGCCAACCUACUGUUAGCUCUUGGAGAGGGAGAAACCUACAGUUAAAACUGUCCAGAUCUGGAACGACAACAGUAUCACUCCUCUCCAAGGGUGAUUUGACUGUACUAUGUGGGAGGUAUUUGAAGACAGCAGCUCUGAUCUUAACAAACUCACAGAUGUUGUUUCAGACAUUGUCAACUUCUGUGUUGAGUCAGUUGUGCCUAUAAAAACAAGUAAAAUAUUCCCUAACAAUAAGCCUUGGGUAUCAAAACAUCUAAACUCACUACUUGAUAGGAAGAAGGCAGAUCAUGCUGAGGGUGAUAGACAGGCUUUAAGAGAUGUACAAUGUGAGAUAAAAAGACAGAUACUGGUGGACAAGGAGGCAUACAAGCAAAGGGUGGAGAGGACCCUCUCCUCAGGAAACUCAAGGGUGGCCUGGCAAAAGAUUAAAUACAUGGCUCGUGCCACCCACAUAGGCAGGGGAAAAACCAAUGCUGACCUUGGGAGACAUGAGGGCCAGAACAAGGCUAAUGAACUGAAUGUUUUCUUCUCAAGAUUUGAAUCAGACGACUUAGGAAGCAAACAAACAAAUGGAAGCAUCAUUACAAGUGUUUGAGAGGGUUGUUGUUAAACAGGCUGAUGUUUUGAAGUUGUUCAGUGGAUGUAAUGCACAAAAAAGCCCAGGCCUGGACAAAAUAAGUGGACAUUGAAGCACUGUGAUGAACAAAUAGUUGGGGUUUUUACAGACAUUUUCCAAUCCUCGCUCGACCGGCAACUGUGGUGGAAUAUUGACUCAGAAAUAUAACACAUUUUCUAGAACUUGUGAAUUCAAAUGAGACUUUAAUACAAGGUAGCAAAGCCGAGCCCUUCCACGUAAAGACUAUUUUACAAACGUAACAGAGCCGAGCCCCUCCAUGGAAAAUACUAAAUUCUCAUAUUACAGAGUCCUGCCUUUAUAGGAUUCUGUCUUUGCGUAACGUAUAAAGUCCCCUCCCUCUAUAUGAAAAUAGCUUCCUUUGACCUUUCUUUAUCAUCAUUUUUCCAUCUCAGUUCUUGCUUGUUAACACCCACAUCUGACAGCUGUAUAGGUUAUAAUGGUAGCAGGGCCCUGGUCCUAUACUGGUCCUAUAUGUUCCAUUCCUUAUAUGGCCAUUCUGUCUUAGCUCUCCAACAUGAACAGCUUAGAUGCUGCUAAUAAUGGAAAUGUAAUCGAUAGUCAUGGGUUUUGCUCCAACACAACACAUGCCAGUAUUGUGGAAAAACUCAAUAAUUAUACCCAUUCCUAAAGCAUCUUAGCCCUCUUUGCUGCAUGACCCUGUUGCCUUGACAUCCUUAGGAAGGAAAUGUUUUGAGAAAAUUGUGAAAGGUCAUAUUCUCAGCACCACCCGUUUCAGUUUGCCAAUCAGCCCAGCAGAGGAGUUGAUGAUGCCAUUCUCACUCUCCUCAACAUGAUCUAGAGACAUCAAGAGGGCGCCAAAUCCCAUGUCAGUGUUCUGUUUGUUGACUUUUCUUCUGCCUUCAACACAAUCCAGCCUUAUAUUCGGGCACAGAGACUCAUAAGUGACUUCUCCUGAGAUGGGGGGCUGGUUUUGUGGCUGUUGGACUUCCUGAGCCAGAUGUCACAGCGGGUCAAGUUGGGUGUCGGACAUAUGCACCACCAACACAGGCUCCCCACAGGGAUGUGUUUUGUCCCCACUCCUGUACAUUUUGUACACCAAUAGUUGUACUAGUUCCCAUCCUGACAGACACCUAGUUAAGUUCGCUGAUGACACUGCCUUGAUCAGCCUGUUGCAUGAUGAUGAGGAACAACAUGGCCCUGUCCUAAAUGACUGUGUGGAGUGGUGUGAUGAAUCACACUUGGUCCUCAACACCAACAAGACCAAAGAGAUGUGCAUAGACUUCAAGAAGUGUACAACACCUACCUCUGCAUCAUCUGUCAGAGGUCAGAACAUAGAGAUAGAGGAAUACAAAUACCUGGGUGUCCUCUUGGACAAUAAGCUUCAGUGGAGUAAAUGUACAGACCUGAUCUACUAAAAGAGUCAACAGAGACUGUACUUUCUAAAAAAGCCGGGAUCUUUUAAUGUUGAGAGUAUUUCAACUUUUUGUAUUGUUUGUUGGUUUGGCAAUUGCCCGUGUCAGCCAGAGAAAGAUCCCGAGAAGGAUUAUCACCACAGCAAGCAAGGUACUUAGAGUCAAACAGACAGGCCCUCAGCAAGGCUCAUAAAAUUAUUUUUAGACCCAAGCCACCCACUGUACCCGGACUUUGAACUACUCCCCUCUGGGUGCAGGUCUAGGGCACCCCCUGGCAUGAAAACCAAACUAGACAAUAAUUUGUGCCAGGUGUGAUAUCCCUCCUAAACAGUUCAGGCUGAUGUUCCUAUCGACCCAGUAAGGCCAGCAGGCUAGUCUUUUUUUAUUUGGAUGUAACUGUUAUGAAUAUUGUGCUGUCAAUUAGUGGUAUUGUCAUGUAUAUGUUUAAACACCACGUUAAACAUGUACAUGAUACUGCAGCAACAUUUCCCCACGGGGACAAUAAAGUAAGUAAGUAAGUAA